AUGGAAAAGUACGACGUUUUCCCGGAAACGGGGUUUCUUCCUCGAGAGUUUCCUCUUGAAAAGCUUCCCCAAGCUUACUACCAACCAUGGGAGGACUUGGUGAACAAUUUACCUGCCCUCAUUAUGUCCAAGAAAAUCAGGCCAUUGAUAGAUCAAUUGCCCAAACUCGACACCAACCAAUUGACAAACGAGCGAGAGUACAGAAGAGCAUACCAGGUUCUUGGAUUCCUCACCCAAGCAUACAUAUGGGGCGUCAAUGAGCCCAGAGAUAAACUCCCGGUGCAACUUUCAGAACCCAUGUUGGUCGUGGCCAAUCACCUCCGGCUUCCUCCUCUUGCCACCUACGCUUCUUUGUGCUUGUGGAACUUCAAACCAAUCAUGAAAACCGGCGAAAAUAUCUGGGACUUGGACAACUUGACAACCAUCAACACCUUCACUGGAUCCAUCGACGAGAGCUGGUUCUACUUGGUGAGCAUUUUCUUUGAGAUGAAAGGUUCAUUUGCCAUCAAAGCAGGUAUGGCGGCCAUUGAGGGCACUCAAGAAGAUAACCCAGCCAAGGUUCAAACCAGCCUUGAAAACUUGGCUGAGAGCAUCGAUGCAUUGGGGCUGGAAAUGAUGCGCAUGGAAGAAAUGUGUGAUCCUCAUGUAUUUUACUUUCGUAUCCGCCCGUAUUUUGCGGGAUGGAAGAAUAUGGGUGACGCAGGAUUGAGCAAAGGCGGUAUAUUUUACGAGCCCGAAACCACUCCACGAGCAUACGCCGGUGGUUCCAAUGCUCAGUCAUCGCUCAUUCAGCUCUUUGACAUUUUGCUUGGGGUGAAACAUUACUCUACAGGUGAGAGGCCAUUGCCCACUUCGCAGGAUGCGACCGAAGGACCGGAAAAUGCAUUUAUGGACGAAAUGAAAGGAUAUAUGCCUGGAAAGCACCAGGACUUCUUGCAAAAAAUACAGCAAGAUGCAAAGAUCCGUGAUUAUGUGUUUGCUCAUAAGGACACCCACCCAGCUCUCGUGCUCAGCUACGACGCAUGUCUUGCUAUGCUCAAGCUGUUCAGAGACAAACACAUCCAGAUUGUUACCCGUUACAUUGUGCUUCAGGCCAAAUCCAGUGCCAAGAUGGGCUCAAGUAUGACAUUGCGCUCAGGUCUUGCCAAGUCUAAGAAGAGUGGUUCAGAAGCUAAAGGGACCGGAGGCACGGCGCUUUUGCCUUUCCUCAAACAGUGCAGAGACGAAACUGGUGCACCCGCAGCCGGAGACUGGGGUAAGCGUAUUCUUAGUGAUGGAGUGAUGAGAUUACGAUUUGCUAAAAGCAACGCUAUCAAUGAAGACUAA